AUGAAGCUUUGCAAGGAGGGGUGCCCCGGGUGCAGGCUUGAUGAGAUCAACAAUGCCAAGACCGGCAUCCCAUAUCUCAACUUCUUCUACAUCUGGGUUGUUUGUCUUUGCUCCACGCUACCUAUCCAGUCAUUGUUUCCCUAUCUAUACUUCAUGAUCAGAGACUUGAAAGUCGCAAAGCAAGAACAAGACAUUGGGUUCUAUGCUGGUUUUGUCGGGGCUACUUAUUUCCUUGCAAGAACCAUCAGUGCUGUGCCAUGGGGCAUGUUUGCUGACAAAUAUGGGAGGAAGCCCUGCAUUGUAAUCAGUAUCCUCUCAGUGAUCAUAUUUAACACCCUCUUUGGCCUUAGCACGACUUAUUGGAUGGCAAUUGUAACUAGGGGUCUACUUGGGUUACUUUGUGGUAUAUUAGGACCAAUCAAGGCCUAUGCUUCAGAAGUCUGCAGGAAAGAGCACCAAGCUCUAGGAAUUUCUCUUGUUACAUCUUCGCGAGCAAUAGCUUUUGUUAUUGGACCAGCCAUUGGAGGGUUUCUUUCACAGCCUGCAAAUAAGUACCCCAAUAUAUUCUCUCAGGAAUCCAUAUUUGGAAGAUUUCCAUACUUCCUCCCUUGCUUCGCCAUAUCCGUUCUAGCAGCAGGAGCAUGUGUUGCAUGCAUUUGGCUUCCGGAAACUCUGCACAUGCACCGUUAUAACAUCGUAGAAGCUUGUGACGGAAUGGAGGCACAAGUUGCUGAUUCAAGCUUAUAUGGGAAACCUAAACAAUCUUGGUCAGAGAGAUUUGCAUCUACAAAGAGCUUGCUAAAGAACUGGCAUUUGAUAUCAUCAAUUAUCAUCUAUUGUAUAUUUUCUCUCUAUGAUACAGCUUAUUAUGAGAUAUUUUCACUAUGGGCUGUGAGCAGCAGAAAAUACCACGGACUAAGCUUUACAUCUCAGGAUGUUGGUACUGUGCUAGCUAUCUCGGGUUUUGGCAUUUUGGUCUAUCAACUUUUGAUGUAUCCAUUCCUUGCCAAAUAUGUUGGGUUAAUGAAGCCAUUCCGUUCUGCAGCGGUAUUAUCUAUACUUGUCAUUGCAACAUAUCCAUUCAUGGCCAAUCUACAUGGUAUGGAGCUCAAAGUACUCGUCAACAUAGCUUCGCUUCUGAAAAAUAUCUUUGCAGCUACAAUUACGACUGUGUGCAACAUUCUACAGAACACCGCAGUGACACAAGAACACAGGGGUGUUGCAAAUGGUAUCUCCGUGACUCUGAUGUCAAUCUUUAAAGCAGUUGGUCCAGCAGCAGCAGGAAUUUUGUUUUCGUGGUCUCAAAAGAACGUAACUGGGUUGUUCUUACCAGGUGAUCAUAUCCUUUACUUAUUGCUGAAUAUGGUGGCAGUAAUUGGUCUCGCGCUGACUUUCAAGCCAUUUUUCUCUAUGCCGAGUGCAAUGAAAUGA